CGCCACCACCACUACGUUUUCUCACACCAACUACAACAUUAUCCCUCAUCAAACUUCAACUCCAUCAUCAUCAUCAUCAUCAUCAUCAUCUUCAUCAUCAUCAUCAUCACCAUCGUAGAACUCUUACUCUCUUCUCACAUUCUCUUCGCGCCUCACACUUCUCCAUGACCGCACUUAUCAACAACAAAAACGCCGCCGCCGGUGAUUCAUCGACGGAGCACGUCACCGGCGAAUGGCAAUCGGUGCCGGAGCUCCAGCUUCGUGAUCACCGAUUCACUGUACCUCUUGACUACUCUCGUGGCACUCAUUCUUCUCCUAAGAUCACGGUUUUUGCUCGUGAAGUCGUUGCAGUUGGGAAAGUAGAGCAAACAUUGCCAUACCUGUUAUAUUUGCAAGGUGGACCUGGGUUUGAGUGCAUGCGGCCAACUGAGUCUAGCGGAUGGAUUCAGAAAGCUUGUGAAGAAUUUCGUGUAAUCUUGAUGGAUCAGCGAGGAACGGGAUUAUCAACUCCUCUGUCUGUGUCAUCAAUGUCGCAAUUCAAAUCUGCACAAGAAUUAGCCGACUUCUUAAAACACUUUAGAGCUGAUAAUAUAGUAAAUGAUGCAGAGUUCAUCCGAGUACGAAUUGUUCCAAAUGCUGGACCUUGGACAAUUUUGGGACAGAGUUAUGGUGGUUUUUGUGCAGUCACGUAUUUGAGUUUUGCACCCCAAGGACUGAAGCAAGCCUUUCUAACAGGAGGAAUUCCUCCAAUUGGAGAUGGAUGUACGGCAGAUUCGGUGUACAGAGUAGGCUUUGAGCAAGUUGUAAAUCAAAAUGAGAAGUAUUACAAGCGAUACCCUCAGGAUAUUAAAGUAGUUCAAGAACUUGUUAAUUAUUUAGCAGAAAAAGAAGGAGGAGGGGUGGCCCUUCCAUCCGGGGGAAUCUUAACCCCAAGAGGGUUGCAAAUUCUUGGUCUCUCUGGCUUAGGAUCUGGAGCCGGUUUUGAGCGCAUGCAUUAUCUGUUUGAGAGAGUGUGGGAGCCUACGUUAGUUCCGGGAGCACCAAAGAGAAUAAGUUACUAUUUCUUGAGUUCUUUCGAGAAGUCAUUAGUUUUUGAUACUAAUCCACUGUAUGCCCUCAUGCAUGAGUCCAUCUAUUGUCAGGGUUCUCCUAGUAGAUGGUCUGCUCAUAGAAUAAGGAAUGAAAUUAAUGACAAGUUCGAUGCAAUUAAGGCGGCUAGAGAAGGACUACCUGUACUCUUUACAGGAGAGAUGAUUUUCCCAUGGAUGUUUGAUGAGAUUCAAGCCUUGAAACCGUUCAAAGAUGUAGCUGAUAUUUUGGCCGAGAAGAAGGAUUGGCCCCCGCUCUACAACGUCCAAGCUUUGAAAGACAACAAGGUACCCGUUGCUGCAGCUGUUUACUACGAAGAUAUGUAUGUGAAUUUUAAACUGUCCAUUGAAACAGCUUCUCAAAUAGCAGGGAUCAGGCUCUGGAUAACUAAUGAGUUUAUGCAUUCUGGCUUGCGAGACGGAGGGGGAAAAGUUCUUGAUCACUUGCUGGGAAUGUUGAAUGGGAGGAAACCUCUUUUCUGAUCACCAUUGCAACUCCUCUCGCUCCCUUCACCUAUGUUUGGUUUUCCGUUUGCAGUUUCCAAAUCAUGGUUUGGAGGACGGAAAACCAAACAUGCAGUUAGACUUAUGGAAUCACACCUGAUUAUAAGUUUCCAACUUUUUAUGAUAGACAGUCUUGAAGUCUUUAUUGUUACUAAGUCUUUGAACUCUGACUCCAUAGAAUCUUCAUUUAUUAAAGUAUAAUCUUGUAAGAUUGUACUUCUUACCAGUUGAAAUACAUAGUACUUCAUGCACUUUUCAGGCUUGGCUUUGGUUGCAAGCUUCUUGCUCUUUCCAAUGACAAUUAUUAUGGGAAGGAAUUAAAAAAAAAUAUGGGAUUUGUUUAUAUAUAUUUAUAUUUUAAAGAAA